AUGCAGAGCCUUGGCAAGGAGAACCACAGCUCUGUGUUUGAGUUCAUCCUCCUGGGCUUCUCCAGUGACUCACAUGUCAGAAUAUCCCUGUUCUCCUUCUUCCUUCUCCUCUACCUCAUCACUCUUCUGGGAAAUGGACUCAUUGUGACCUUGAUCUACCUGGACUCACACCUCCACACGCCCAUGUACUACUUUCUCAGUGUCCUCUCUUUGGUGGACAUGAGUUAUGUCACUACCACCAUGCCCCAGAUGUUGAUUAAUAUGGUGUGUCCAAAGAAAACCAUCUCUUGGGGAGCUUGUGUAGCCCAGAUGUUUAUCUUCUUGGUCUUGGGCAUUGCUGAGUGCGUCCUCUAUGCCAUUAUGGCCUAUGACAGGUAUGUGGCCAUUUGCUUUCCCCUUCAUUAUCCCCUUCUCAUGAGCCGCCCCAUUUGUAUCAAGAUGGUCAUAGGUUGUUGGACCAUUAGCAUAGCUGGCGCCCUGAUCUAUACUGUCUUCACCAUGCAUCUGCCUUAUUGUGGUCCCCACAAGAUAAACCACUUCUUCUGUGAGGUCCCUGCCGUCUUGAAGUUGGCCUGUGCAGAUACAUCUUUCAAUGACCGCUUGGACUUCAUCUUGGGAUUCAUCCUACUCUUGGUCCCAUUCUCCCUCAUCCUGGCCUCCUAUGUCCGAAUCUUUGCCUCCAUCUUAAGAAUCCACUCAUCCCAAGGGAGGCUCAAGUCUUUCUCCACAUGUGCUUCCCACAUCACUGUGGUUAUCAUGUUCUAUGGGCCAGCCAUGAUCAUGUACAUGAGGCCUGGCUCCUGGUAUGACCCAGAGCAGGACAAGAAGCUAGCACUGUUCUACAAUGUUGUCUCUGCCUUCCUCAACCCCAUCAUCUACAGCCUCCGGAACAAAGAUGUAAAAGAGGCCUUUCUGAAUGUACUCGGUAACAGAAGGACAGCUCAGUGA